AUGGAGGAUUUAAUUAAAAACAAUAUUUAUAAAGGUGAUAGAAGAGAUGAAUAUCUACAAAAAAGAUAUCAGAUAUUAGAUUUAAAAUAUAAAAAAUCAAACAAUAACAAUAGAUCAAACAAUAAUAAUACAUCAAAUAAUACAUCACCAAAUAAUAUAAAUAAUAUAAACCCACCAUCCCAACCACCAACUACAACAACAACUACAACUACAACUACAACAACCGCAACAUCAAAUAAUAAUAAUAAUAAUAAUAAUAAACCAACUCAACAACUUAUAAAUUUAAAUGAUUUUUCAUUCAAAGGUAUGAAUCAUAUUUUUGAUCAACAUAAAAGAUCCAUCACAAGAAUUAAAUUUGGGAAUAAUAGUAAAGAUUUGUUAGGUUUUUCAUCAAUUGAUGGUACAUUGUCUAUAUGCAGAGUAUUAUCACCACCAUCACAAACACAAGUUAUAGGCACACUAAAAGGACACCAAUCGUCAAUUAUAGAUUUUGAAUGGUCACAUAAUAAUCAAGAUUUAAUUACAGUUUCAAUAGACGGUACAAUUAAGCUAUGGUCUAUUAUAUUAGAUCCUUCUCAGCCACUAACAACACCUGCAAAUAUACAACAAAUUAAAACUUUUGGUAAAGAACUAUCGAUUGGUGUAAUUUUAUGUAUAUGUUUACAUCCACUAAACAGUAAUUUACUAUUUGUUUCCGAAGAUAAAGGUAUAUUAAAAGUCAUUGAUACCAGUAGUGCCAAAGUAAUUACAAAAAUUAAAACUGUAGCUCCAUUUACAUGUAUGCAAUUUGAAGCAAAAGGUGGUUAUUUAUUUUUAGGUGAUGAAAAAGGAACAGUUUUCAUAUUUAAAUACGAUCGUGACACCCUAUCGUUAGUAAACAAACAACAAGUUUCAAGCAAACCAAUCACUUCAAUAAAUGUACACUAUUGGGUUCAAAACCAAAAACAAAUCCUAUCAUUUGUAGUAAAUUCAAAGGACUCGUUAAUGAGAAUAUUUAUGGUGAAAUCAUUAUCGACAGGUGUAUUUGUAUUAUUUAGGGAAAUACCAAUUUCAAUUAAAAACUCAUUAAUCAAAAGUAUAUUCUCGCCAGUUAAUAAAAAUAGAGAAGGCUCAUUUAUAGUAUCAGGCAGCGAAGAUUCUUCUAUUUACAUAUACGACGUAAACAAAAAAGAAAAACCAAUAAUUAAUCAACUAAUGGGUCAUGCUUCACCCGUAAUCGAUGUUGCUUGGAAUAGUGACGAAUCAUAUUUAGCCACUGGCGAUUUUUCAGGUAUAGUAAUUAUUUGGAAUCGUAAACGUUAA